GAGCCGUCCCUCGCCGCAGCCCCCGCGAGUCCCCGCCGCUCCGCGCGCAGCAUGGCGCUCCCCCGGGCCCUCGCCUUCGGGCUCCUGCUCGCGGUAGUCGCGGCGACGCUGGCCGCGGCUCAGCAAGGCUGUGUCUGUGAAAACUACAAGCUGGCGACGGGCUGUUUUUUGAAUGAAAAAAAUGAAUGCCAGUGUACGUCCUAUGGUUCACAGCAUACUGUCGUGUGCUCCAAACUGGCAUCCAAAUGUCUGGUGAUGAAGGCGGAGAUGUCUCACAGUAAGUCUGGGAGGAGGCAGAAACCUGAUGGCGCCAUCCAGGACAAUGACGGGCUAUACGAUCCUGAGUGCGAUCAGCAAGGGCUCUUUAAAGCCAAGCAGUGCAAUGGCACGACCACGUGCUGGUGCGUGAACAGUGCGGGCGUCCGAAGAACAGACAAGGACACAGAAAUAACCUGCUCCGAGCGAGUGAGGACCUACUGGAUCGCCAUCCAACUGAAACACAAAGAAAGAGAAAGCCCCUACAGCCUUCAGAGUUUGAGAACUGCACUUCAGGAGACAUUCACAUCUCGAUACAAACUGAAUCCAGCAUUUAUCAAAAAUGUUCUGUAUGAGAAUAAUAUUAUCACUAUUGAUCUGAUGCAAAACUCUUCUCAAAAAACUCAAGAUGAUGUGGACAUAGCUGAUGUGGCUUACUAUUUUGAAAAAGAUGUGAAAGGGGAAUCCUUGUUCCAUUCUUCGAAAAUGGACCUGACAGUAAACGGAGAACAGCUUGAGCUGGACCCUGGGCAGACCAUCAUUUACUAUGUUGAUGAAAAACCACCCGAGUUCUCCAUGCAGGGGCUCACGGCCGGUAUCAUUGCCGUCAUUGUGGUGGUGGCAUUAGCAAUCAUCGCAGGGGUAGUUGUGCUGGUUAUUUCUACAAGGAAGAAAUCAACAAAAUAUGAGAAGGCGGAGAUAAAGGAGAUGGGUGAGAUACACAGAGAACUCAAUGCCUAACUGCUCUGCUUUGAGAAUGGAACCACCAGAAGGGGAACUGGCAAAAGACCUCAGAUGGCAACUGUAUAAACAUGGGACAAGACCUUUAAAGGAUUUCUGUUUUGUUAGUUAUCAUCACAUAUUUGUAAUAAUGAAAUUUGUACUUAUAAAUACCAGCAGCUUGUCAUUGGCAUUACCAAUCUUAAAAUUAGACAAAUGUCUUAUGUGCAGGUGUGGUGUGGAACUCAGAACUUACCCUGCAUAGUUAAAAUAAUUUAUGCUUAAUAUUGAAGAGUGUGCGUCACAAACAUUCAUCAGUAGAAUACGAUGACUAGUCUCAUUUUCUGAUUAAAGCUGAGUUUCUAUA